GAUGACGUUACGGGCGGGUGACGCAGGGCGGGCCGCGCCGCGCGCCUCCGGGGCCUGAGGCGGCCGUUGUUCACGUUCCCUGCAGGGCGCCCGUAGGCCGCGGCCCGCGCCGGGGACCGGAACCCCCAUGUGAGAGGUGGCCGGUGAGGCGGGGGCGGCCGGGGGACCCGCCGCUGCCACCGGAGACAAUGACAUCGCGGAGAUGGUUUCAUCCAAACAUUACUGGGGUGGAGGCAGAAAACCUGCUGUUAACAAGAGGCGUGGAUGGCAGCUUUUUGGCCCGGCCCAGCAAAAGUAACCCAGGAGACUUCACACUCUCUGUUAGACGAACUGGAGCUGUCACCCACAUCAAGAUCCAGAACACGGGAGACUACUAUGACCUCUAUGGAGGAGAGAAGUUUGCUACAUUGGCUGAGUUAGUCCAGUAUUACAUGGAACAUCAUGGGCAGCUCAAGGAAAAGAAUGGAGAUGUGAUAGAGCUGAAAUACCCACUGAACUGUGCUGAUCCUACAUCUGAAAGGUGGUUUCAUGGGCAUCUCUCUGGAAGAGAAGCUGAAAAACUAUUAACAGAAAAAGGAAAACAUGGAAGCUUUCUUGUGCGUGAGAGUCAAAGCCACCCUGGGGACUUUGUUCUUUCUGUCCGGACAGGAGAUGAUAAAGGAGAGAGUAAUGAUGGGAAAUCUAAAGUGACACAUGUCAUGAUUCACUGCCAGGAUCUAAAAUACGAUGUUGGUGGAGGGGAGAAAUUUGACUCUCUGACAGAUCUGGUGGAACAUUACAAGAAGAACCCUAUGGUAGAAACUUUGGGCACAGUGUUGCAACUCAAGCAGCCACUGAAUACCACCCGUAUUAACGCUGCAGAGAUCGAGAGCAGAGUGCGAGAGCUAAGCAAGCUGGCAGAGACUACAGAUAAAGUCAAGCAGGGCUUCUGGGAAGAAUUUGAGACCCUGCAGCAGCAAGAAUGCAAACUUCUCUAUAGUCGUAAAGAAGGUCAGCGCCAGGAGAACAAGAACAAAAAUAGAUACAAAAACAUUUUACCCUUUGAUCAUACCAGAGUUGUUCUACAUGAUGGUGAUCCGAAUGAGCCUGUUUCAGACUAUAUCAAUGCUAAUAUUAUUAUGCCUGAGUUUGAAACCAAGUGCAACAACUCGAAGCCAAAAAAAAGCUACAUUGCUACUCAAGGUUGCCUACAGAAUACAGUGAAUGACUUCUGGAGGAUGGUGUUCCAGGAGAAUUCUCGAGUUAUUGUUAUGACAACAAAAGAAGUUGAAAGAGGAAAGAGUAAGUGCGUCAAGUACUGGCCUGAUGAAUAUUCCCUAAAGGAGUACGGAGUUAUGCGUGUCAGGAAUGUUAAGGAGAGUGCAGCACACGAUUACACGCUAAGAGAACUUAAGCUUUCUAAAGUUGGACAAGGGAACACAGAGAGAACAGUCUGGCAAUAUCACUUCAGGACUUGGCCUGAUCAUGGAGUCCCAAGUGACCCUGGUGGUGUACUAGACUUUCUAGAGGAGGUGCACCAUAAGCAGGAGAGCAUUUCUGAUGCAGGACCAGUUGUGGUCCACUGCAGUGCUGGGAUUGGGCGAACAGGAACGUUCAUUGUGAUUGAUAUUCUUAUUGAUAUAAUCAGAGAAAAAGGUGUGGACUGUGAUAUUGAUGUUCCAAAGACCAUUCAGAUGGUGAGAUCACAGCGGUCAGGAAUGGUUCAGACAGAAGCACAGUACAGGUUUAUUUACAUGGCAGUACAGCACUACAUUGAAACGCUACAGCGCAGAAUCGAGGAGGAGCAGAAGAGCAAGAGGAAAGGUCAUGAAUACACAAACAUUAAAUAUUCUUUAUCGGACCAGACAAGUGGGGAUCAGAGCCCUCUUCUACCCUGUACCCCAACCCCAGCGUGUCCAGAAAUGAGAGAAGAUAGUGCUAGAGUAUAUGAAAAUGUGGGGCUGAUGCAACAGCAGAAGAGUUUCAGAUGAGAAGAUGUACAGAGACUUCCAUGCAAAGGCAGAAAUGAAUAUGGUUUUUAAAAAGGUCAAGAAAGAGAUGGAAGAAGCUUCACAUGAACGGUGAACUCUGAGGGCUUGGUACCUUUUCAUUUACGGUUUUAAUCCUUCAACAGUAGGCAAAACUUCAGACCAUCUAAAGAUUGUUGAUCUCUCUUCUCUCCAAUACCUGAUUUACAAUUGCUCGUUUUCCAAAUAAAAGGAAAUCCUUCUACAAUGUAGACA